UCAACAGACCAUCAAAGCAUAUUAAGUAGUAAAACGCAAUUUUAAUUAACUCUUCAAACUUGCCUCAAACUAAAUGUGUAUUUGAAUAGGCAUUUUCCGGAUCUUAACCGGAAAUUAAAUCAGCCCGAAAGCGUUAAUUGAAGUCAAGAAACCUUCUGAUUAUUUGAGUUAGGCUUUGGUUUUGUCUGGAUUCACAAAGCAUGGCUUCCAGUUGCAGAAAAACGAGUCAAAACAGUCUUGACUGUCAGUCAAAAGGCGGAAGCUUAAGCUUGGUAACCUUUCUUAUACAAUCCACCAAUCGGCAAUUCAUCGCUAAGAUACUACAAAGAAGUUACUUCUUAUCUAAAUUUGGUCUCAGAAGUCCGUCAUACGAAGAACGGAAAUUUGCAGUUGCCUCAGCCAAAGCCCGUUUGAAGAGAAAAGAUACCCAAAUAGUGACUGCAAAGACAGUCCCAGAAUCAAAAGAACCUUCAGAGAAGAGAAGACGAAAGCAAAACAAGACGGUCGUUGGAAGAAAUAUUAAAAGCGAGUCAUCCUGCUUCUCUGUCGUUUCAUCAUUAUCUAAUCCAAGGUCGAACGUAGUAUUGGCAGAUAUGUUGAAGCUAGCAGUUCUUUUCGCAAUUUGCUGUUACCCCACAUUGGCUUAUGAAAAGUCGAAGAACACAAUCGAGUUCACCUCCACUUACCCGAAGGAGAUGCAAGUGUUGCGUCAUGAUGAGGUCAAGAUCAACUGCCCCAAGUUGUCGGGGGCACCGCAGAGUGCGAAGAUCAUGUACUUCUACCGCUUCCAGAAGGGGGGACCUGGCCAGAGGGAAAACUUCAUCAACGAGAGCGAAGGUCAAUACUAUAUGAACACAAAAACUGGUCAACUAAUAAUCCAAGAUUUUGACAGUCAAAAUGAGGGCAGAUACUCUUGUGCAGCCAUGGUAUCAUCAGUGGGCGGACGAGUCAUUACGUCAUCCACAGUACGAAUCGUGAUAGGUGAUAAAGAGCGAGAUCAGUCGUCUCAAGACAAUGAUUUGAUAGUCAUUGAGAAUGCCGAAGAGAAGGAAAACACGUAUAAGAUAUCAAAACCAGACAUCUUACUUGAAGGCCCGAUUGGCAACCCAAUACUGAAAGUUAGUUGGAGCACCCUGCCACCUUCUGGAGUGUCCUCGCCCAUGAGUCGGGAGGAUCAGAUGGCGAUUGAGAAGUUCAGCCAGUUCAUCAUCCAGAUGAAGCACAACCAGCACUUCUUCGAGGACUGGCACAACCUCACCCUGGUCGACAACACCAGAUUAGAGCUCGGCUACUACCAGCAGCUAAUAUACUCCAACGAGUACGAAACAGGUUUGGGGGUGUACCGAAUAGUCGGCAUGACAUCAAAAGGCGAGUACAAAUUUUCGCCCAACUCGGAUCUCUUCACUAUCCCCGGUCCAGACCACAGUCACGACAAGGGCGAGGGGGAGGGGGGACUUGCAGUGCCCGAGAUCACUACCUGUGUGUCCAUAUCAGAUAGCUCCAUGCUCGUCGAGUGGAAGCUGGACACGGACUCGACAAAUGACGUCAUGGGCUUCAUCAUUGCAUAUUCCAAGGUCAACUCCCUCUCAUCCCCCAACGAUGACUCAUCCUACACGCACCCCGAAGGUCACAUGCACGACACUUGGGAGCAGGAUGUGCACGUGAACACACCCAAUAGGAGAAGCUAUGUUAUCCAGGGUCUCCAGGCGCACACGCAGUACCAGUUCAGAGUCCAAGUGGUUGGCAAGGGCGGCACCAAAUCCACGUCGGCUACCAAGUACUGCAGCACAACCGGAGGUGGAGCAGGUCUUUCAUUGGAAACUACAAACCCACCAAACAAAAGUGAUAGCACUGAGAACAACCUGCUUCUGAUUCUGGUGAUCGGGGGAUGUGUGUCCCUGGUGAUAAUAGCAACUGUCAUCUCCCUCUCCUGUCUUGUGGUGCAGAAGCAGAGACUGAAAAACAACAUCACCAACAAAGUCAUCAUGAGAGAAAUGGAGGAGGAAAUGAAACGUAGAGAGAGUUCGCUGCGGAAGUCGGUAGGUGGAGUAAUAUAUCACCAAGUAGCUGCUGCACUACACCAGCAACACCAGACCACCUCCCCAACCACCACGCCUACCCCUCCCCCCACCCACACCCAACACAUUCCACUACAACAACACCAACUAGAUUCCCCCACCCACCACGCCCAAUUGCAACACCAGCUACAGCAGCACCAACUGCAACAGCAGCAGCUUCAGCAGAACUGUCCCUCGCUCUCAUCAUCGAAUGCUACCAACGCUUUCUCACAAAUGAUCCCAUCCCCCGUUGGCUCAAUCACAAAUCCCCCCUCCCUGCACGCGACCCCACCCCCCAUGAACAGCAUCGUCGGUAUGCAGCCAGGACACCUCCUCGCUGGGAAUCCGAACAGCGGUAUGCUCCUCGGAGUGAUGCCGAACCAGAAUCGGGGAAGCAGUGCAUCUCCGAGUUCCCAACAGGCGCCGUCGCCUUCUCGAGGCGCAUCAGUUGGAUUUAUGGACGGCUGGCGAUUUCUGGGAAGAAGUCAACAACAGACACCGGCAAAUGCGACUUCGAGUUACAAUAACAGCAACCCCAGAUACUUAAUGACCUCUUCUCCUCAAUCCGACUUCAUUAAUUCGAGUGUGGCUAAUCAACAACUACCGCAGCCACUUGUAUUGUCGCCCUCUAGCGGACAAGAAAUGAUGACGUCAGACAGAUCUGCUCAACAUCAGAGAUCCGGUUCACUGUUUGUUCAGCCGUCGAAUUAUGAUUACUCUCCUAUCGGAAUGAUCGGAGAGAUACAUGGUGCAAGGGAUGGGUCGGAACAUACGUCGCCUUUGCAUUCGUACCAGUCUUCAAACGUGACUGCUUUGUCUUCAGUUGGCGAUAGGGAUACAUACAGUGUUAUUUCAAAGCCAACUGGGGGACCACCUACAGCUGUUAUCGCACCCUCUCAACUGCCUUACAACGCCGGUUCGAAUCUGAGUGAAGACCAAAAUCUAACCGAUCUAAACAACUCAUCCUCAUCGAAUGCAGCCUCUUUGAAACUGAAAAAUUCGCUCAAAUCACUACCAACUCCCACUGCUGAACAUGUUAACUCGUCGCCCUCUAGCGCCCAAUGUUGUCACGAGCAGCAACCAUGUUUCUGUCAGCAAACCACACAUACCAAUAUAGAGCAAGGAUCCCUUCUGGGCUCUGGAUGCUCCGAGCACUCAGUGAAUAGCAGUCCAGUUGUAAUGGACGACCAGACAUUCCUCCAACACCAACUCCAGCAACAACUUCAGAACAGCAUGCAAAACAACCCCCAAAUGGGGAUGAUUAACCAACAAGUCCGACAACCAACCCCCCCUAUGGGACCUCAGGGGCUUCCGAGUAUCCUUACAUCGUCGGCUUUCCGAGCACAGCCGAAUGUAUACGAGUACAACUCUAUGAUGAGUCCGAACUCAAUUUACAAUACGAACAUGACCUCUAUGGCUUCGUCGUUUCAUCCGAUUGCGGAGAUCCGAGGACCGAUUAUACAUAGUAAUUUGUCGAGUCCUGUCACAACCAUAGCGCUACCGCAGCCCCUCAAAACUCUAAACAGUCCGGCGCUUAUCGCGAAGUACACAACUGGGAACCACCCGGUGUCAUUACCGUACCAAAACACAUACCACGGGACGACUGAAAACGACUUCGCCUCGUUUAAAAACCUAAAAGACCUCUCGAACAACAGUGAGAAUAAUAGUCCAGCAGGGUUCUCAACGUCGACCUUGACAAGGGGUAAAAGUAACUCGAAGAGUUCAGGAGGAUCCGGUGGUUCCUUGAAGCAUCGCAACUCGAUCCAGAACUACACUAUAGACGAAGACGAGCUAAGUGGGAACAAUGCGACCAUGUCUAACUACCAAACACUCUCUACAGGCGAACAGACAAACGGCCAAAUAUCGCAAACUUGAUACACUCCAUAAUAUUUAAAAUUGAAAAGAAUUGAAUCCAAAAUCAACAAUGAAUGAUUGGCUGGCCCAGAACUGACCUGGAUCUAAAGGAAAGGAAUUGGAAAGUAUCUGGAGGGAGGUCACAAAUAACCUAUAGCUUCACGAAUGGAACCAAAACUGAAAGCCAAAAAAGAAUUGUGCAAAAAUUUGCUAUGAUUUUGAGCCAAAAUAUUAAAACAGGAUUUUCGAAAUUUCAAAGACAUAACUAAAAUCAUUUUUUUAAAGAAGACAUUAGAUUAAAUUUUGGUCUAUGAGUGUUAAGGUAACAUGAACUAUUAACGAUGAAGUUAUGCUGAUUUAUACUCCAUCUGAUAGAAAAAAAUUUUGUACGAAGUUUGUAUUUUUGAACGCCAACAGAUGUAACUGUGUUGUCAAUUUAGUACCAAAAACCCAGCUGUUUAGAGACGCUUAUUCUUCUAUGAUUAAUUUAUAACCUGUAUCAAUUGUUUCGUUGUUGUUCUAUCUAAAUAUGUAGACACUUUCAGACUUAAAUAUCACAAUUCAAAUUUAAUUUAAAUUUUUAUUAACUUUC